GCUGCGAAGUUGCCAAAGCGUACACAAAGCGAGUCUUCAAAGCGAUUUUUAUUAAGUGCAGUUGAUUGUUGAUACUAAAGAAUCCACGAAAAAUGUCUCUAUUGUUGUGGGAUCCAUUCAGACCAUCUCGCGUCCUGGACCAACAGUUUGGUUUGGGUUUAGAUCCUGAAGAUCUGUUGGCGCCUUUGGAAAGAAGUCUGUUCAGGUGCCCUGCUGGUUACCUACGGCACUGGAGGACACCAUCCGCUGCUAGGGAUACCGGGUCAGUGGUAACAGCCGACAAAGAUAAGUUCCAAGUAAAUUUGGACGUACAGCACUUCAAACCAGAAGAAAUUAAGGUAACAGCGUCUGGUAACACCCUGAUCAUCGAGGGUAAACACGAAGAGAAGCCAGACGAACAUGGUUACAUCUCCAGGCAUUUCGUAAGGAGGUAUGUUCUACCAGAAGGGCACGACAUGAACCAAGUGCAGUCCAACCUCUCUUCUGAUGGAGUUUUGAGCAUCACGGCGCCUAGGAAGUCUUCGGACGGCAAGGAAGAGAAAAGCAUUCCAAUUCAGCAAACUGGACAACCCAGCAAACCCAUUGAAAAUAAGCAGAAGAAAUUAUUGAUCAGUGAGUUUUUAUUAUCCAAUAUGUCGUUAAUGAUGUUUGAUCCUUUCCGUCCAUCUCGCAUUAUGGACCAGCAUUUCGGUCUUGGAUUGACUCCGGAGGACCUUUUCGCACCAUUAACCCUACCAAUUGAGAGAAGCCUAAUUAGAAGUCCUGCGGGAUACCUGAGACCGUGGCGAACACCAUCUUCUGCUUCUGACGCUGGUUCCCUCAUCCAAUCGGACAAAGAUAAAUUCCAAGUUAGUCUGGAUGUUCAACACUUUAAACCCGAAGAGAUCAAAGUGACAUCGUCUGGCCAUACGAUUACCAUCGAAGGAAAACACGAAGAGAAACCCGAUGAACAUGGUUUCAUUUCCAGGCACUUUGUAAGGAGAUACGUUCUUCCAGACGAUCAUGACGUCGACCAAGUGCAAUCUAGUUUGUCUUCUGAUGGUGUCCUGACAAUUACAGCACCGCGAAAAUCCGAGGGAGGUAAGGACGAGAAACCCAUUCCGAUUCAACAAACCGGUCAACCAAGUCGACCUAUUGAAGCCAAAAAGGAGGAAAAAGAAGAAAAGAAAAAAUGAACAUGCUGUAUAU